AUGGCCGGAGCAAGUGGAGGAAGAUCACUCGAGCAAACUCCGACGUGGGCAGUUGCCGUAGUUUGCUUCGCUCUUGUGGCGGUUUCCAUUGUAAUCGAGUACAUAAUGCAUUUAAUCGGAAAGUGGUUAAAGAAGAGACACAAAAUGGCUCUCUACGAGUCGCUGGAGAAGGUCAAAUCAGUGGGCCAGGGCCCAAUAUCGAACAUUUGCAUAUCGAAAGAAGUUGCCGCCACGUGGCAUCCGUGCAGCAAGAGGCAAGAGGCCAAAAAGUAUCCGGGGAGCCACCGCCGGCGGCUCCUCGCGGCUGGAGACGACGACGAUGAUGCCAUCAGCUUCCGGCGCGUGCUGGCAGGCUACGGGGCCGACAAGUGUGCUGAAAAGGGUAAAGUUGCUUUCGUGUCCUCUGAUGGAAUACAUCAGCUACAUAUAUUCAUAUUUGUUUUGGCCGUUUUUCAUGUCCUUUACUGCAUUCUCACUAUGGCAUUGGGUAGAGCCAAGAUGAGAAGUUGGAAAUCAUGGGAAAAGGAAACAAGAACAACUGAGUACCAGUUUUCAAACGAUCCUGAGAGGUUUAGGUUUGCAAGGGAAACUUCGUUCGGGAGGAGGCACUUGAACUUUUGGAGCAAAACUCCUGUUCUAUUAUGGAUUGUUUGUUUCUUUAGACAAUUCGUUAGAUCAGUUCCAAGAGUGGAUUAUUUGACUCUACGCCAUGGAUUUAUUAUGGCUCACCUUGCACCUCAAAGCCAAGCUAAUUUUGACUUUCAAAAGUAUAUCAAUAGAUCACUUGAAGAGGACUUCAAAGUGGUAGUUGGAAUAAGGUUUGUAUAUAUACUUACUUCAUUUUGUGAGUGUAAUUCACACUUUUUAGCAGUUAAUAAUCACGGAUUCUUGU